CCUAGACUCGUCUCAAGUUCUACUCCUGAAUGAAAAGUGUUCUUCUCUUGUCGUUUGAAAUGUUGGGAGGGUCUACAGUCCACACUAAGGCAAGAUAGACGUAUUUUCGCAUGGGUCCUCUUGGCAACAGGCUGGACACACGCGGUGAGGUAUGGAGUGAGCAUCACAACGAUAAAUUAAUGGACGGCCAGGAAGAAAAAGACUCUCUUGCACAAGGAGCCAGCAACCUUCUUAUUAAUGGGAUUAAUGGAAAUGAGCCUCAUGAUCCCGAGGAUGAUGUGAAGUCCUAUGAUGCUGCAGAUGCUGUUGUCACAUUUCCAGCCUUAACGCAGAAGGAAAUACACGCCUGUCACAGGACAUUGCCAUCUAUCACUUCCAAGGAAACUUGUUUACUAAGCCCUCCCUCUCCUCUGAGGCUCUCAGAUGCAGCGGAACAUGUUAUCAGUGACCCUUCUGCUCAGGCCAUAUCUUUGACAACCUGUAUCACCAAGGGUCUAAGUUCCUGGUCAUUACCAAGUGACAACGAAAAAGCACCAUUUACCAUCAUGGAGUCAGGGGCCAUGUCUGCUUUAACUGGCGACUGCUUGAUGCAACAGAGUCGGACCUGUUUAGGCUGUUUUAUAGAAUCGAAAGAUGGCGUAGACUCUGAACCUGGUAUCAGUCUGAAAAUUGGAGAUAUAAACAGGGACUUUGACACAUGCCCAGUGUCUGACAUUGGAAUUCACUGUAUGAGCACAGGAGACAGUCUCAAAUAUGGUGAUCAGCUUCUUUCUGAUCAGCUACUCAGCUUUCCUGUCCAUAAAUCCCAAGAGGUGGACAAAAGGGACCCAAGUAAAUCAGAUAGUGACUCAGAGGAUCCCACACAAAAGAAUUAUUAUGAGGGACUGCUGCUGGACAAAUGCAAUGGUGAUGAGGCAUUGCUCUCUAACCCAAACCAGGAAUGGGGCUACUUUGAGUCAUUCAUUAGUGAGAGUAAGAUUGAGCUUUUAGACUUGUGCUCCAAGAAUGAGCUGUCCGUUAACUUGUUUUCAGAGGAAGAUGUAGACAAUUACAUGUUUGAUGAUGAUGACUCUACACUUGGAAGUGAUGUUUGCUCUUUAAAGAUCAGGUAUGAAUCAUUUCAAGAUAAUGUGAGGGAGAAGACAAAUGCUCUGCAGGAGGAUGCCCAGUUUAACUUCUUCCCUAGUGUUUUCACCAACUGCAACAAAAGAGAGGGCAAAAGUUCAAAGAAAAGGGUGGUUGACCCUUCCCAGUUUAAACUUGAAGAAGGUGGAAUUUGGGAAGAUGAUGAUGACGAUGAAGAGGAUGAGGAAGACGGUGAGGAUGUUAAAUCUGGCCUUAGUAAAACUAGCAUGGACGUUGUGCAGUAUAUCAGCACCAAAAGAAGCCACUUUCUGGAUUCAGUCAACUCAGCUGAGGAUUCUGGAGAAUAUAGUGAUGACAGCUCAUGCAGUGAAUCUUCAUAUGAUGUACUGGGAGACAUCAAGGACUGCACUAGAUUCUUGUCCCGUGAGCACUCUCAUUCGCUUAUACAACCUAACUAUGGUCUGAGGGUUAAGAGGAAAGUCCGGUAUAGUGAUGACUACUUGUAUGACAUGGAUUCCCUUGAGAAUGAGAAAGUUGUAGAGAAAAAGGAGGGAGCUCCCGAUGGGCCAAAAGAAGAAGAUGAUGAUGACUGGUGCCCCAAAAAAAGGAGGAAAGUUUGCAGAAAGGAGCCUCCUGUGAUCAUAAAGUAUAUAAUCAUCAACAGGUUCAAAGGAGAGAAACAUAUGCUGGUAAAACUAGGAAAACUUGAUGCUAAUGAGACAACGGUUACUUUGAGUGAUGACCAGAUGGGAAAAUACCAAAAGCUUGCUCCUCUGAAGGACUACUGGGAGGAGAGACAGAGAAACAAAUCAGCCCUGUGUGCAAAAAGGAAUCAAGAUGGCUCAGAAAAUGCUAUCCCACCCAGAAAAAGAAAAGGUCAGUUAGCAAACCGACACAGGUUACAGAGGAUACAAACGAUUGAGCAACCUGUGAGCAGGGAAAUCCUCUCUUCAUAUGACCACCGGCAAGCAUGCAGCAGCAAAGACGAUGGUGGUCUUCGCGACUUGCACUCAUUGGCCAUAGAAAGCCCAAGUUGUGUGAAUGGAUUGCAUUUAAGUAACAUAGCAGAUAUCACAUCUGUGAAAUGCAGAUCCUUAGAGAGGGAACUUAAAGACCCAGAUCGAAAAGUGAUAAGGAGGAUUAAAUUUAAAAGUGAAGCCAGGCUGAAAUGCAAACAGAUCAAACUGGAGCAAGUACAAGAUAUUAGCACUCCAGAUACAGCUGAUGUUUUCCCUGUCGUAGAGAACCAGGACUCUGUAGCUCUUUUGAAAGAAGAAACCAUUCAUAUUGCGUCAGACAGUUCUAAUCUAUCUCAAUGCCAUUCUGAUGAUAAUGCUAAAAAUUCCUCUUUUCUACAAACCACCUGCUCUCCCAGCAAGCCAGUACCAUCUGCUCACAUCACUACCAAUGUACCCGUUCUCCCUGGAGGGUAUCUACAGACACUCUUAGAUGCAUCAGAUUCAUCUAGUAGCACUGGCAUUACAUACUUUGCCCCUCAUCCCUUAGGGCAGCAGUCAGUCAACAUUAUUCAGACAGACAAACAGUUCAGUUCCUUGCAACUUGCGCAGAGCUGCGUGCUCUCUCCUCCUUCUGAGUCUGAGCUGCAACAGUCACCCCAUCAUUUAGAUAUGGAGCAGAGCUUCCAAGACAUAUGGCAUGGCAAGCCUCCUAGCACUCCGGCUGAGUUCAUUGCAAACCUUAGGGAAGUGUCGAUCAUAUCAGGGGAGUUUGUCGGCUCUGCAGCUGUAUCAGACACAGACAUCGCAGCCUCUGGAUACAGUCAAGUUCAUCCAAACAGCGGCAAACAGCUGUACCACAAAGCAUAUCUGCAAGAGGGCCAAAUUCAGCAGGAUGACACUUAUCAGCCUUGUCAUUAUAAUAGUGGAGAAGGGCGCUUCACUUUACAGAGAGGCACACUUAGCACAGACAAUGGAAGGCUUAUUAGUUUUGACUCAGUAGGUUCAUUGUCGGUUACCUCUAGUAAUUACAGCUCCUUAAGCAUGAAGUCUUGUGAAAAGGAUGGUGAAGAUGAAAUAAAUGAUGAUUUCUUGGCCCAUUGCAGCCCGAAGCUUGUAAUUCAGCAGAGUAUUGAUGAAAUCACGCCGUUAAAGGAAUCUACAGACCUUCUUGACAUAUCCAACUUCACCCCUGAUAAAUUCCGUCACUCAUCCCUUUCAGAAAUGUCCCCUCCAGACACACCUAACCUCUCCCCUCAGAUUGCAGGCUCUGAAGCAAAGUCCGUAGCAAACCUAAAAGCAUUCCAGAAUGGUACCCAGGUGGUGCUCAAUGGCUCAGAAAAGGUUAAGUGGAACUGCACUGUGCUUCCCUCACAGGAGUCUGCCAAUAAUGGGUUUGCACUAAAUAAUCACCAAUUUCAGUUCCACAUGUUCAACGAUGAGGAUUCAGUGAAUGUCAUGGAGAAAGGCCCCUGCCUACCGGGAUAUGAUGAAUCAGGGGGUUCUGUUCAAACCAACGGUAAGCCAUCGAAGUCUAAAAAGAAAUCAACAGCCAGCAGAAAUACAGGUACCAACCAAAGCUCUCCUCCAAAAACCAACAAGAAGAAAGCCCCCAAAGCUAACAAGGGAGUAGACAAAACACAAACAAAGGCUUCACGACAGCCAGGCCCCAAGUCAUCUAAGAAAGGCAAAAAUGCAAACAAUGAUAAAACCCAAAGUGCUGGCAGUCAAUCUGGACAAUUAAACAGUGCAAUUCCUUCUAAUGAGGCUCUAACUGAUUGCAUGCCACAUUAUGGACCAAGCUCCUCCAAGACAGGGAAAAAUGCUCCUGGGGUAGGUGAGUGGACGCUUGAUAAAGGUAACAAUGCUGCGUGGCCUGAUCCUGGAACAUGCAGUGGCAACAAUCUCCUCGAUGAUGAUCAAAGGGAAUUUGAGGAACCUUCUAACAUUCUGUCUAAUAUUGCAUCUGGCAUGGCUGAUGUUCAGAGGUUCAUGAUGGCCUCCAUGGAGCCUUUUUAUAAUCCGGUAAGUCAUGCCAACAUUUCUGAUAUUGUGGUGUCUCCAGAAUCAAACAGCUUAAAAUUGAAAACACUUAAAAUCUUAGCUGGAACCCCCCAGGAUUUUAAGAAAAAGGUCAAUGGCAGCUCCCCUGGGGGCUCUAAGAAAACCACAAACAAGGGCUCAGGUAAGAACAACACUAAGUUUGGAGUGUUUGACCCCAGCUGCCCAUUAGGUUACGGAGCGAAUCUUCACUCAGCCUUUUUUGAUAAAAACUUUGGAAACCUAAGUAUUUUAGCCAAUAAUGUACCUACUCACAAAAAGCUAUAUCGUCAUAAAUCAACGUCAAAAUCUCUGCGGGAUGAAAACUGUAAGGGGAAAAGAAUAGACCAAGCUCACAAGGAACCAUCGGUCACAGUUGCAUUCGAAAAACUGAGGUAA